CCCAACAAACAACAAAGAUAAAGUUUUAUAAAGAAAUAUCCCCAUAGCCCUAACCCAAGAAACACACAAAACAAAACAUCAAAAACAAACAUUCAAAUCUUAUUUUCUCACUAGUUUUACCAACAAUACACAAACAUCAUUUCACUAAAAUCACUCACUAAAUCAUGAAAUUUUACUAGUCUUUCACUUCUAACAGCGAAAACAUAUCUAUCUUUGAGCAGAUGGCUAAUAACGCAGAAAAUCUUGAAACUGAAGCCUAUCAGGGUCCUCUUAUGUUGAAUCCUCAAAGAGCGGAAACCAUUCGCGUAGGGGAUCACCUGCUCGAUGGGGGACAAGUUUAUGAGGUUACGAGUAAGGAACGCAGUCAACCAAAUCAUUGGGACUUUCAGGGUGUCAACAUCUUUGAUGGGACGCCUAGCGGCGUUAUAACGGUUGAAGCUUCUUAUCUUCGUGAAGUUGCACAUGUGGAUUGCACCGACUAUCGGCUAAUAGGCAUCAAGGGUCACACUGUGCAUUUGCGUAGUCUUGAUGGAGUAGCUAACCAUGCCUUGGGUAACAAUAACUAUGUUGACUUUGUCCAUGAGUUACCAGCUCAUGAUGGUCCUCUUGCACUGGAGAUGGCGAACCGAUUGGCAGCGGGACAAGUAGUGAAUGUCCGUACAAUAUCAACGAUGGGAAGGGAUCUGGUGUUCAGGAUUCUUUGAUGCCUGCGUGGUUGGUAGUAUUUUCUAUGGGAAACUAUGGCGGUUACUAUUACUCGUAUGAUCGACUAGUAUGGCUACUUUGUCGUUUAUGACUAAUAUUGUACUUAUAUUAUUAUGGCUACUUUAAUUUGUGGUUACUUAUAUUAUAUUUGUCUUAUCGCA